GACUACUUUUUCUGUCAGCUUUAGAGCGACAGAGCAUCAUGGAUCUUUAAUAUCAUGGACAGUUACACUUCCAUUAUUUUAUCUGAGAUCAUGUUGUAACAAUACAUGUAUACUUUAUAAAAAAUGUGUUUAUUUUACCUGCAGCGGAGACAAUAAAUUAUUGGGACACUUCUGGUGAAAAUACGCACUUUGUGUGCGUUUCUAAGCGGACCGCAAGGGUGUUAUCAGCUCUUGGAAGAGAAGAUGACAACCUUAACAAGACAAGACCUCAAUUUUGGAAAAGUUGUUGCUGAUAUUUUGUGUGAGUUCCUUGAGGUAGCCAUUCACCUCAUCCUUUACGUCAGGGAAGUGUAUCCAUCUGGGAUUUUUCAGAAGAGACGGAAAUACAAUGUUCCUGUUCAGAUGUCCUGUCAUCCAGACCUGAAUCAGUAUAUUCAAGAUACUUUAUACUGUAUAAAGCCUCUUAUUGAGAAGAAUGAAGCUGAGAAGGUAGUUGUGGUUAUCAUGGAUAAAGGGCACCAUCCAGUGGAGAGAUUUGUUUUUGAGAUUUCCCAGCCGACGUUACUUUCAAUUAGCUCGGAGACACUACUGUCGCAUGUGGAGCAAUUGCUGAGGGCAUUUAUCCUAAAGAUCAGUGUGUGUGAUGCUGUUUUAAAUAAUAACCCACCAGAUUGCUCUUUUUCUGUGCUUGUUCACACAAGAGAAUCUGCUACACGCAACAUGGAAAAGGUUCAGGUUAUCAAGGAUUUCCCAUGGAUUGUUGCUGACGAGCAGGAAAUCCACAUGCAGGAACCAAGACUGAUUCCCCUGAAGACAAUGACUUCUGAUAUAGUAAAAAUGCAGCUGUAUGUGGAAGAAAAGGCCCAGAAGAUUUAGUCUUUUUAAGGUGAUAACAAUCCAAGUAACUACUACCCUCCUUUGCAAAUACUGUUCUUUAUUGUUUUAACUUUAUGAAUGUAUGCCGUAUACUGUAAAUAUAAAAUGUAUCUGUAGCUUUUGAAUAUACCUGUGUUUUUUGGUGGCCCUAUAUUUGUCAUGACUCUGCUGGUCUUGGUCUUUGGAUUAAAGAGUUUCCU